AAAAAAAAAAAAAAUUGGUUAAUUUGGACCACCUGGGUCUUCAAGAAACAUUAUAAACAGAAUUAGAAACUAGAAAAACACACUUCCAUGUGAAUAUUGUUCCAACUGCCACUGUUUAGGCUUCUUUGCUUUUUCCAACGUUUCAGUUAUGAUGAAGCCAACACAGAGUUUCAGACCAACUAUGUUAUCUGGGUACUUUCCUCGACACAACCCAUAUUUUUUGUCCAACAAAUACAAUAGUCUUUUCCAUGGCUUAAUUCUCGCUUCCAAGCCUAAUGUAAGGACACUUCCAUUGACUAUUAUACGUGCCACUGACAAUUCCAAUCAGGGAAACUCUGAUGCAAGUAAUCACAAGAAGGUUACGAUAUCAGCAAAUGUGUCAAACUUGACUAAAGCAUUAUUAAAUUUCACUAUGACUAACUUCCUUCCUAUAGCUCUAAUCAGUGGAGUAGUUUUGGGAUUUGCAAAUCCGACUCUUGGCUGUCUUGCACACAAAUAUUCACUGUCAAAAUUUAGUACUUCUGGAAUUUUCUUUAUCUCAGGGCUGAAGUUAAAGGGUGGGGAAUUUCGAGCAGUUUCAGAAGCAUGGCCUGCUGGAAUAUUUGGGCUAGCUUCUAUUCUGUUGCUUAGUCCCUUCUUCUCCAGUCUGAUUUCGCAAGUUAAUCUGGCACCUCGGGAGUUUGUAACAGGAUUGGCUAUUUUUAGUUGUAUGCCAACAACAUUAUCAAGUGGAGUAGCACUGACACAACUUGUCGAUGGGAACUCUGCUCUUGCUCUUGCUCUGACUGUGAUGUCUAAUUUAUUAGGCAUUUUGACAGUGCCAUUUUGGAUCUCAAAGUUUUUUACUGAUGAUUUUGGUGUAGCCAUUCCAACAAGGGAGCUAUUUUGGAGUCUUAUUUUGACGCUGCUCAUCCCUUUAAUCUUGGGAAAGGUAGUACGGAAUAUGUUGAAAGGUCUGGCAACAUUCAUUGAUCAGAAUCAGAGGAUUUUCUCAAUGCUCAGUACAAUCCUUCUUAGUCUUACACCAUGGAUGCAAGUAAGUAAAUCAAGACCCUUGCUUUUAAUGGUUAAGCCGCAAGUAUUUAUUCUGGCCAUUGGGAUGGGAAUACUUGUGCAUCUUACCUUACUGGGUUUUAACACCGUUGCAAUAAAGAGCAUGUCAUCUGGCUUUUGUGGUAGUAAAUCGGUUUUUUCUAAGAAAGAGAAUUUCCGUGCUCUCUUAAUAGUGUGUAGCCAGAAAGCCCUACUUAUCGUUGUAGCUGUAGUGGAGCAGCUAGGUGGUGCACUCGGUGAAUCAGGGCUGCUAGUUCUUCCUUGUGUUGCGGCACAUAUUAACCAGGUCAUCAUUGAUUCAUUACUAGUAAACUUUUGGCUUCAGAAGGAUCGGUCAUACAGCAAAAAGUUUGAAGCAUGACCAUUCUUGGUUGAGCAAUUUCAGUAUCUACUGUAAAUUUGUUGUGCCUGUUAGCAUUCCGCCUCAUAUUACUUAUUUUGAAGAAUGUAAAAUUGCUGCACAAGUAAUAUACAACUUUGCUAGUUUCUCCCGGCAAUAUGGUCUUUGAUUUGGUUAGCAAUAAAUAUGUUAGGAUUGCUUGAAGUA